AUGUCAUAUCAUGAUCAUUCUAGAGAUCCUUGUCCAUAUGUUAUUUUGUCAGAUUUUGGAGGUGCUUUUGCAAUGGGUGCUAUUGGAGGAGGUUUAUGGCAUUCAGUCAAAGGGUUUCGGAACUCUCCAUCAGGAGAAAAGUUUAUAGGAGCUAUUGCAGCGGCAAAAGCUCGUGCACCUGUUUUAGGUGGAAAUUUUGGAGUCUGGGGAGGCGUUUUUUCAUCAUUUGAUUGUGCAGUAAAAAGCAUACGGAAAAAAGAAGACCCAUGGAAUGCAAUUUUGGCCGGAUUUUUAACAGGAGGUACAUUGGCAAUACGUGGAGAUUUACGAUCAAUUAGAAACUCAGCUAUUGGUUGUGCAUGUUUAUUAGCAAUUUUUGAAGGUGUUGGUAUUGCGUUUAACCGGGCCAUGGCAGAACAAAAUCGACCUAUGCAACCACAAAUUCCAGAAACGAUGCCAGCAACUUAA